ACUACAUCUGGUUUAUCAGUAACUUCUUAUACUCUGUAGCAAACAAACAAGAAGGGAUUGGCUGUUUGGGAGAAGGUGGGAUGGCAGUGGCAUUGGUGUCAUAGAGUUUCUGAUGGGGGUUUGUUGGUGUGUGUGGGUUUUUCAGCUUAUCCCCCCUCUCAGCUCCUGCUUCAGGCGGCUCCUCCGGGCAUGCUCCUUAAGCCAAAGUAUGGCCGCUUUCGCAACGAGUCUGUGACCUCCUCCGACGACCUGAUGCAGAGCUUAGCCAUGAGCAGCAAAGUUGUGGCCACACCAGUAGUCCCCUCCUCCACCCCGAGCCUUCCUCUGCCUCCCCUGCCUCCUUUGGAUCCCAGUGCCAGAACCUCCUCCUCUGCUGGUGCUACAGCCCUGGCUGACUCUCCUUGCCUGGAUGGGGAACAGGAUGCCACCACAACCUUCUGCAUGCUCAUCCCUAAGAUGCCCCAAUGGAAGUUCUCCAACUCCCUGCUCAGCCGUAGCCCGUCCAACUCCAGCUCCAGCUCCAGCUCUAGCAAGGACUCUGGCAAGGCAGCAGCAGCUCCUUCCCAGGCCUCUGUCUCCCCUUCUUCAACAUCACACAGGCCCACUGGUGCGACCUCAGCCAGUGGCCCAGUGGCCAGUCUUGCAGCAGUGCUUAACUCCUGUGACCCUGUGUGUGUCACCCCGUGUUCCCUACAGGCCAUCCGGGGGCAGAGAGCAGUCACAGCAGCAAACUCUGCCAGUCCAGGGGGGCACGGAUUUGGAGCCACAGAGGUCAUGGCAAGCCCUGGUGGUUCCAGCAGCUCUAGGUCAGGAAUGAACCGCAGGACAAGGGUGGAAGGUAUUUGGCUGGGGGGUGAAGACUUCAACCAGAAGGGCAGCUUCAUCCACAAACCCUCCCAGGGCUGGCUGCAUCCUGACAAGAAGAUUGCAGGACCAGGAGCCUCUUAUAUUGUCAGGUACAUGGGCUGCAUUGAAGUGUUGAAGUCAAUGCGCUCCCUGGACUUCAACACGCGAACUCAGGUGACAAGGGAAGCCAUCAACAGGCUCUGUGAAGCUGUGCCAGGAGGAAAGGGGCCUUGGAGGAAGAAGAACCUGAACAAAGCUCUCCAGUCCAUUAUGGGGAAGAGUAACCUGCGAUUUGCGGGCAUGAGUAUCGCAGUCAAUAUUUCCAUAGACGGCCUCGGUCUGCUCAUUCCUACCACGCGACAGGUGAUAGCGCACCACCCCAUGCAGUCCAUCUCAUUUGCCUCUGGGGGAGACACAGACACGCCUGAUUAUGUAGCGUAUGUGGCCAAAGACCCAGUAAAUCAGAGAGCAUGUCAUAUCUUGGAGUGCUGUGAUGGUUUAGCCCAGAGUGUCAUCAGCACCAUCGGCCAGGCCUUCGAGCUUCAGUUCAAACAGUACCUACACAGUCCUCCCAAAACUAUGGCAUCUGUGGAGAGAUCUGUGAGGUUAGAGGAGCCAAUGUGGGGGGAGGAUGAGGACUUCUCUGAGCAUGAUUACUACAACAGCAUCCCGGGGAAGGAGCCUCCUGUUGGGGGUGUAGUGGAUUCCAGACUCAGGCCCAGUGGAGCCCUCCUGGGUCACAUCCACACCCAGCCACAGAGCAAAACAGCAGCACAGAUGGGCUCACCAGCGAGGAGGGAGCAAGCAUCUUAUCUCCCUGGUCAGCUGUGCUAUGAGCUUCACUGGGACACUGAGACAACCAGCAGCUCAGUUCUGACAUCAGAUGGUUACCUGUGUGCUGACGGCCAACCUGCUGGCAGCAGAGACUAUGAGGAGCAUCAGUACGUAAACACCCAGAGUCUGGAAAACCUGGAUUCACUAGCACAGGGGUCCAGUGGACACAGAGGAGGCCGGGCACCCGACAGUCCCAAGAAAGAUCUCUUUGACAUGAGGCCCUUUGAGGAUGCCCUGAAGCUCCACGAGGCCAGUGGUGGAGCUGUUGGCUCCAGUAUAUCCACCACAGCUGGAGGUUCUCAGGCUGGAGGGGGAGGCGUUCGGUUCCUGGAGGACCAGUGGCCCAGCCCUCCACGCCGUCGAGCACCUGUGGCCCCAAAUGAGGAUCAGCUCCGCAGGGAGACCUGGUACCACAGCCGAAUGAGCCGCCGAGACGCUGAGAAACUCCUGGUCCGAGACGGCGAUUUCCUCGUCCGGGAGAGCACGACCAACCCGGGACAGUAUGUGCUUACAGGCAUGCACUGUGGCCUGCCCAAACACCUACUGCUAGUGGACCCUGAGGGAGUGGUCCGAACCAAAGACAUGUUAUUUGAGAGCAUAAGCCACCUUAUCUCAUACCAUCUGAAGAACGAGCUGCCUAUUGUAGCAGCAGAGAGUGAGCUCCACCUUAAACAGGUGGUCAGGAGGAAACUGUGAGCCACCUGCCCCUGCGUAGGACAAGCUGAAUUUUUGUGUGCCCAUGCAAAGAGCUACAAAAAAAAAAAAAAAAACAACAACCUGUAGAUGGAAAUCAUUUAUCCCUGAUGGAUAUUUAUCUGGAACAAAGGAUAUUACUGACACUUUCUUUCCACGAACAACUCUACAAAGGAGAGUGAGGCAUCUGACAUCUCCUUGUAGUUCCUCUGCCUGUUGGCCUACCAGGAUCAACUAAACUAUCCCUCAGCUGUUAUAAACUCCUCAGCAUGCAGCUAUUAAGCUAAAACAAGUCGAUCAGAAUCCACAGUUUGACUUAACCCUGAGUUGGAUUAUAGUCAACCAAUGUGACUGUUCGGAGAGGACCCAACUUCAGGAAAUCACAUAAGGAUUUGAUGCACAGUGAAGAAAUGUCCUACAAUGCCUCUAAUAGUGAUGUGCUUCCAGUCUACCACGGCUUGCCUGACAGUAACAGAACAAAACUGUCACGUUAAGAUCCAAUCGCCAGAACAAAACUGUCACUGAUUAUUUGGUGCAGAUAUAAAAAACAAAAGAUGUCAGGUUCCAUGUUCAGUAGUUCAUUUCAGUAUAAAUGCAAGAAAUGGAAAUACUGUGAUUAUAAGAGACAAUUGAAGAACCCUUUGAUUCAUUCAAUUGUACAGACUGUUUGUUGUUACAUGUUCACAGGACUGCAGUACCUGACUCUGAGAUGGCACAAUGGAAACACGCUGAACAUGAUUCAGUGCUGGAUUUCUAAAAUAGCAACACAUUCUUCUGUCUUUUCUGUUUCUUCACAAUAAUCUAAGCACCAAAUUCCACUUUUUAAAAAAAUCAUGCAGUCAUGCUAUAUCUUCAUGUAGACAGCCAAGUGGAGAUAAAAUAUAUUGUCUUGAAAGCCUUAAGUUUUAACAAAUUUACCAUGAAUAUCAGUCGUUUGUGUUGUGUUUGUAAGAGCCGUUCAUAAUUUGUUAAAGACAUAUUGUAUGUGUUGUAUAGUCCCGUAAAGACCUUUGGUCAGACUGUACUCUAAGGUCAAAUUAAUACUACAUCCUGGGUUACAUAUACCUACUGUGCAUACAAACUCAGUAUAUCCAUGCCUGUAUUUCCCCAGCCCCUACAACUUCAGUGCCUUAAUAACUACAGAGACAGGCAUUUGUGUCAGAGUGUAUAUGAUGUGCAUUUAUGCUCCUAACGCAAAAGACUAGUUGUCUUGCCAUGCCAAUGAAUGACUGAACAGACUUCAGGAUGAUUAAGCUCUUAUACUUGUGAACAAUAAUCUAAGCUGCUCGUUUUAGGGUGAAUAAUGUUUAAUACUGUCUUACUGCAGUCAUGAUUGUCAUUGUCUUUAUGUGUGUCUCUUAGAACAUUCCCCUAGAUUAAUCUUUUUGUUUUCUCUGAAGCAAGCCAUACAUAGCACUCCUCAGUGAUUGCUAUUAAAGCCAGGGGAUUUGGACUAGAAAAUAAAUCUUUUAUUUGUCCCGGCUCAGGGAAAUACAUUAGUUUGUUGAUUUCUGUUCUUUGGCUAAACCGUCUUAUACUUUUAAAUCUUACUAGGAGUAGGUCAUGUCCUGUUUGCAUUUCUCUCUGUGUCAUUAGCAACAUAUCUUUAACCAGGCCCUCCGCUGUUCUUUGGUACAGCCUCAUGAAUGCGCAGAGGGAUGAAGUGAGCUACAAGGCCUUUGGUGAGGUCCAAAUGAUUAAUGUAAUUUUUUCAGAUCUGUCCUUUUGCGUUCUCAGGAAUUUCUUGGAUCCUUCCUUCUUUGA